AUGAAUUACAAUUACGUUGAUAAUCGCACUUAUCAUUUCGUUUCGCAACCGAAUAUUUAUCAAAACGCUCCGAAGCAAAGUUCAAUUGAUAAUCGUACCAAACAAAACUAUCAUUUUGUUCCACCUCAAAGUUUAUGUGAUAAUCGCACUGAUCAAACGGUAGUCGCAGAAUACUAUAAAAUUCCGUCAAUAAAUGAUUUCAAGGAACUAAAAAAGAAAUGCGCCACCUUUAUUCUUUUCCGUAAGAAAAUUAAUGAGGCUCUAAGAAAAAGCGGAAGGGUAAGAACAGCCGCUCAGAUUUCUAAACUCGCUUCCGAAUUAUGGAAAAAUACACGUCCUGCUGAAAAAAAGAAAUAUAAUCAAAUUUCAGCUAGAUUGACACAACAACACGUCAGCCUUCCUGCUGCGCCUGACCUAUCAACAGAAGAGCCUGAGAAUUUUGAAGUUGAAUGGCCGCCAGAAUUUGAUUUUGAAACGAUCUACAAAAAUAAUAAAUUUAAAAAAAAACCCCCUAACGGUUUCCUGUUUUUUCGUAACAAAUAUUUGGAAAGGCUUAAGCAGCUUGAGAUUAAGCGUCCGAUGAAAAUCGUAAGCAAAAUGGCCUCUAAAGCGUGGAAAAAUUUGCCGAAAUAUAAAAGGGAUAGUUAUGAAAAAAUAGCGAUAUACUAUAUUACUACAUUCCUUCCAUUGAACAACUGUACCGGAAUUAAAAAGCAACGCACCCACAAAUGUGAACCAGAUAAGAGAGCUAGUAUUAGCAAGCCAAAAGGAGGCAGUAAACAAAAAUCUCAACAUCAUAUAGUAAGUGUGCCUGGAGAAAAUUAUGAACAAGCCGCAACUUUUCAAAGCUCGCCUAUAUCCCCAGAAACAACCGAGGAAAGUUGCGAAACUGAAGUUAAUUUUCAAAACUCCAGCAUAAAUUUUGAUUUUGGCUUAACUGAAGAAAAUUUUGAAGCAAACCAAAUAUUUUUAAGUUAUCCUGAAUAA